UGCCAUUCACAGGGAUAUGACGGAUUGUCAUUACUCAUAGUGUGAAGGAUUUUCUGUUCAAUGGAAAUUGUACGGAAUUGCGACGGAUGCUUCAGCAGAAUAGAAAAUACUUUUGAAGUUUGAAGUGAAGAACACUAUCGCCAUCUAGUCGUCAAAAUACCGUAAAGAUGCUGUCAAUGAAACCUGUCAUCAUGGUCUGUCUCUCAAAGAGUGUAUACGAGGAAAACAACCCCUAAGACGAACUUGAGAAAAUCAUUGUGGUAACAGUGCAUUUUGGAGAGAAUAGAAACCCAUCCAUAUUUUUCCAUCCUCUUGAGGAAACGAAAAGAAAGACAAAAGUGCUCGGCAGUUCUGGUGAUUUCCAUUAACUAAGCUUUGAUUUCUGAUCAUAAACUGAGUAUUAGCUGAGUGUUACUCCAACAAAAAUCGAUUCUUGUAAUGUUUGAAACUAUGAACCACCACACAUAUCAACCUGUCGAAGGAAAUAAAACAUUUUGUUCAAGCUUCUUACGUUUGUUUAGUAUUCUUGAACAAGCUUGAACAGAUAGACGCAGUUAAAAAAUCCCUAACCGUUCUAAGCAAUCCAAAUAAUCUAAGAAAUUACAUUUAAAUCUAAACUUAAUCGACCCACCUGGUGGCCACGUGCCAAACAAACACACACGUUUCUGUCCGCGAUCGAUGGCUCCCUUUAAGCUCAGAUUCCGCAUGGGUGGAACCACAUCCCGCAGUGCCUCGCAGGAGCAGGAUGUCGUAGUUGAUAGUCAGGCCAAUCAGAUCAUUCCGAACUAUUUGAACAGUAACACACCGAUCACUGCCUAUGGCAGCAGCACGACCUUAGACUCUGAACAGAAUAAUGAUAGCCUUGUUUCUAUGAACAACGACCAACGGGCCCUUAUUCAGAACAGGGACUCGUCCGACGAACGAAUAGGAUAUGUAAAUCCCACACUAACGCAUACUGAAAUUAGCACUAUACCACUGAGCCCACCGCCUUCUUACGAACAUGUUUUAGAAGAAAACCGCCUCGCAGCUUUAGAUAAAGAAAACAACAAAGCAUCGACAUUGAACCUGUCGUCAUCCAGUUACGAAAUGCACGGAAGCAAUCAACAAUUGAACAUCACAACGCAGGAACAGCAGCAGCAAUGUUCCGGACAACAGUCACGCCAGGCAACGCCAAACACAACGAGGAAGCAGGAAUCGUUUGAGUCCACUCUGUAUUCGUGCAGUUCGGCUACAUCACCUUCUCAGGAGAAUCUACUCGAGUGCACCGGUUCGUGCGAUCCGUUGUUCAGCAUGGUCAGCCAGGAGCAGCUUUGCGACUUAGCCGAGGAACUGGAGUCUAUGCACGUCGAGGAAACCUGCCUCUCGAUAGACAACCCCAACCAUUCCCUCUCGGAUGAGUGCCACUCUUACGACGCCCAGAUGUAUGAUGGAUCAUCCACAUCUUCCAUGAUUCCUCAACAGGAAAUCAAAGGGCCGGAAAUUUUGUACAAAUCCAGCAAACAAUUAUAUAAAGCAGUUGCCAAAGAGUGUGGUAUAACGUGCAAAAUGUCUGACCAAUGCCGAUGUUUGGACUGCCAGAGCCGUUACUUUGAUUGCGAAUAUGACCAGAACGAAAACGAGAAAACUGAUGGAGGCCUGGGCGCUGGUACGCCAAUGUUCAUUAGUGAGGUUAUGCAUGGUACAGCUUGUACCAUUCUUUAAACAUUGAAGUAUAAAAUUGUGUCACUGAAUAAAUGCCUAAUGGUCCUACUAAAUAAUAGCAAACAAUCAUACAGUCACACCUAACGAAACAAACUGUUGCACAAAUCUUACAGCAUAACUUAUAAUGCAUAAAAUAUAUAACAGAAAUAAAGCCUUUUGAAACAUUUUAUCUUUGAAAAUAUUAAUUGAAAGAUUUCGUCACGACUGCAUAGCUAUAGUAAAUUCACAUUGUAAGAAACUACUGGUUAACAUACUGUUGAAUUACAAAUAGCCAUGGAUACUUACUCAACUCAAUGUUCAAUGGAUACAGAAAAAGAAAAAAAACUAACAUUAUUGCUAAUCAGUGAAACUAUCCUAAAUAAUAGCCGGUAAGGGAUUUGAGCAGUAAGAACGCGAACAACGUUCAAGAUGAUAUGAAUGGCCUUCACGAAAAUGUUCGGAAAACAAUGACUCCAGUUUUAUUUCAUUAUCACAAAACGAUACUUUAUAGUUGUUGUAACAUAUUUAGCAAAUGUAUUAUCAUUUAAAAUGUUUUGGUAAAUUGCCAACCAAAUGUAUAGCUCCUAAAUUACAGUUUACUCAGCAUAGACUUAUCCGUUACAUGAUUGAUUUCACAAAAAAAAGAAAAGUAAAUUCAGAACGCGGAAAACUUAUUAUAUAUUUGAUAAAGCGAUAAAGUAGUGAUACAAAGCAUAUAUUUACAACAAUAUUUGCCCCAGAAAUGUGAAUGUAAACAAAAAUCUAUUAUAGAAAAAACUACCCCCCUAGAUUCACUGCAGCUCUGAAACGGGUUUUUGAUACACUUCAAAGUGAUAUGGUACUUUGAGGUGGAUAUCGAAAAGUAAAUAGAAGAUACCUUAAUGUUCAGCACAAGUUUCAUGUUUGAUCGAUCAUAUUUUACAGUUUCGAACAAGGACGAAUAUGAUAACAAAUUUUGUUCAGUUUAUCUAGAAGAACAGUACUACAAUCCAUAAAGGUGAAUAUGUCGACUUAUUCUGAGUAAAGGCAAAAAGCGCAUUAUUUUAUAUCGAUGAAAAUAUUCAUUACUCUGUGGUAUACAUA